UGAAGAUCUCGCUAUAUGAUCCAGCAAUACCCUUCUCCUUUGUUGGGCUCCUUGGACAAUAUUUAUUCAGAUGUCAAAUCCGUGCAGCAAAGGUCCUUCUAACCUGAAUUAGAAGUUUUUCUGCUAGCAGGUUCCCAUUUGGCAUGGCAGGUAUUUCGCUAGAUAACAAUGCAAAGACAAAGAUUGUAAGAGGAAACCAGUAAUUAAAGCCCCUCCUCCUCCUCCUUGGGAACCGAGAGUGCCAAAAAGGGCCAAUGAAGCGAGAUGCGAGGUUGUUCAUCAGAAAUGCUGCCGCCAUGCUCAGGAGCAGGGGCUCACUUCCAACCUUGGGUCCUCCCCUGCCCCCCCAGGUGUCGUUGGACUACAAUUCCCAUCAUCCACAGCCACAGUGGUCUUCCGACUAUGUCCAGCAACAUCUAGGGACCGCAGGACAUUUAUUUGAAGGUGAAAGAAUUCUGAAGAGCCGCACAAAGGCUUUGCCUGUUAAGAUGACUGCAACAAGGAGGAUGGCGACGGAAGGAAUGCAUCCAGAGGCAACAGAGCCAAGCAGGACCACUCUGUCUCCCACCACGCAUGGUUGGAAUGCCUUUCCCCAGCAGACGUUGGAGGCUGUGGAUAUUGUCGUCUUGGUUUUGUACUUUGUCUUCGUUUUGGCCGUUGGACUGUGGUCCAUGUGGAAAACAAAGCGGAGUACAGUCAAAGGCUACUUCCUGGCCGGGGGUGAGAUGGUCUGGUGGCCGGUGGGGGCCUCGCUCUUUGCCAGUAAUGUCGGCAGCGGGCAUUUCAUUGGCCUGGCCGGCUCCGGGGCAGCCUCGGGAAUUGCAGCCACCGCCUACGAGUGGAACGGCAUGUUCUGUGUCCUGGUGCUGGCGUGGCUGUUUCUUCCCAUCUACAUUGCAGCCGGGGUUACCACCAUGCCAGAAUAUUUACAGAGACGGUUUGGUGGCAAAAGGAUACAGAUCUUCCUAGCGAUUCUCUACUUGUUUAUCUAUAUAUUCACCAAAAUCUCAGUGGACAUGUAUGCUGGGGCCCUCUUCAUCCAACAGGCCUUGCACUGGAAUCUCUACGUGGCUGUCAUCGGCCUCUUGAUCAUCACAGCGAUUUACACGGUGGCAGGCGGCCUUGCAGCAGUGAUCUACACGGACACCCUGCAGACGGUCAUCAUGCUGGCCGGUGCUCUGACUCUGAUGGGCUUCAGCUUUGCCCAAGUCGGAGGCCUUGAAGACCUGCAGAACCGAUACUUCAGGGCCAUUGCUAGCAGCCGUGAUGGAAACAGCAGUUGUGGUUUGCCAAGGGAGGACGCCUUCCACAUCUUCCGGGACCCUGUCACCUCUGACCUUCCUUGGCCAGGCGUCCUGGUGGGAAUGACCAUCCCGUCUCUGUGGUACUGGUGCACAGACCAGGUCAUCGUCCAGCGGUCUCUGGCAGCCAAGAGCCUGUCUCAUGCCAAAGGUGGGGCGCUACUGGCCUCCUACCUGAAAGUGCUGCCCCUCUUCAUGAUGGUUUUGCCUGGCAUGAUUAGCCGCAUCCUCUUUCCAGAUCUGGUGGCCUGUGCUGAUCCAAAGGUCUGUAAAGAAAUCUGUGGCAAUCCAUCUGGAUGUUCUGAUAUCGCAUACCCAAAACUUGUCAUCGAACUUCUGCCAUUAGGGCUAAGAGGGCUCAUGAUGUCCGUGAUGAUUGCGGCUCUGAUGUCCUCCCUGACUUCCAUCUUCAACAGUGCCAGCACCAUUUUCACCAUGGAUCUCUGGCGGCAGUUCAGGCCUCUGUCUUCUGAGUGGGAACUCAUGAUCGUCGGCAGGGUGUUUGUCCUGCUGCUUGUGGUGAUUUCCAUCCUGUGGAUUCCACUGGUGCAGGCCAGCCAAGGCGGUCAGCUCUUUAUUUACAUCCAGACCAUCAGUUCCUACCUGCAGCCUCCGGUGGCCGUGGUCUUCAUUCUGGGCUGCUUCUGGAAAAGGACGAAUGAAAAGGGUGCCUUCUCUGGCCUCUUGGUCGGGAUGGUCAUGGGUCUGAUCCGGUUGGUGCUGGAUUUCAUCUACAUGCAGCCCCGGUGUGAUGAGCCCGACAGCAGGCCAGCUGUGGUGAAAUAUGUCCACUAUCUCUACUUCUCCAUGAUCCUGGGUCUGGUCACGCUGGUGGUGGUGGUGGUGGUCACCCUCCUAACGGAACCUCCUCCAGAAGAAAUGAUUAGCCGUCUGACCUGGUUCACACGCAAGGAUGUUCCGGCCGAGAAGAAUGUGCCAGCCGCUCUCAGCAGUCCUUUGCCCAUCGCUGCCCAUGGAAUCCCCGAGGCUGGCCCUCUUCCUCUCCCCCCAGGGCAGCUCGACAUCAGCGAUGGCCCUGAAAACGCGAGUGACGACAAGACGUGUGCUCUGGACAAGAAGAAGGCCUCUAAACUGAUGAGACUGUUUCUGUGGCUCUGUGGGAUGGACAGCAAAGAAGGUGGCACUCCUGCCACUGCCACGGUCAGCAAAAAAGAAAGUGCCGUGGCUUCCGAGGCCGAACCGCUGUGGGUGAAAUAUGUCCUCAACAUCAACUUGCUCUUCUGUAUUAGUGCUGGCAUCUUCCUUUGGGCCUACUUUGCAUAGCAGCAAUUUAGGGCUAGGGUGAGGGGUGCCGUCAAGGGACAGGGUUCAGCCCCACACACUCGGAGGCACCUAAGGAUGACUAAGAUGAACACGGGACAAUGGUUUUGUGGAAUGAAUGGUCGGUUUCUUAAAUCCUGAAGAAAAAGAAGUUUCCGUUGUUUGCAGAAGCACUUGAAGAGGCCACCCUGGCUAGGAUCUGUGGCAUGUGCAGCAAAAUAUGGGGCUUCAAGCAGCGAUUAUGGGCAGGAAGGCCUAUGGAAACUUUGCUUGGCGGAAAACACUCGGCCUCCUUACAUUUCUACGGCCCCAAAGACAACAUUGCCCCGUGUCUCAUGUGAGCCUCCCCGUCUUCAGUCUAACGAUGCUUCAGUUUUGGUGCUUGUACUGUCAGGAUACUAUGGCUCCCCUUUCCACAAAGGAUGCAAAAAUAGUUGAGGUUGUCUCUGGUUUCUUCCACACGGGGGGCCUUUGAGCGCUGCUGAGGCAUUUCCAUAAUGCCCAACAUUAGCUGGAAGUCAAAUGAAAAUUGAGGUUCCGCCAAGCAUUAUUAUGAUGUAGCAAUGCCCUUUGCAAAGAUCUCUUCCAAUGUUAAUUUAAUGCUUCCUGUUUGGAGUUUCCAUUCAUAGUAUUGCUCUCCUACUCAGCACCACUGAGUCUCUGUUCAUGGUAAAGCGCCCUCUUUAUUGAGACAGAUUUUGUUUCCCAGUGUGUAUGUUUAUGUAUUACAUUCUAACACCCACACCCACAUUACUGUUUUCUCUUUUCUUUUUAUGCUAGCAAAAUAGCCCUAUCUCACUAUCAUGGAAAGAAAAGUGGGGGGUAGAGGGAAGAAGGGAACCAGUAAUUUAACAUGUACAUGUAAGACCUCUGUGUGUGUGUGUGAAACUGAUGAAAUAAAGGGUCAUUACGG